AUGGGGAAAGUGAAGGGAAAACAUCGUUUGGAUAAGUACUAUCACUUAGCCAAAGAACACGGCUACAGAUCUCGAGCCUCAUGGAAACUUGUCCAGCUGGAUUCCAGGUUCAACUUCCUCCGUUCCUCUCGCUCGGUUCUUGACCUCUGCGCCGCUCCUGGUGGAUGGAUGCAAGUCGCCGUCGAACGUGUCCCCGUCGGCAGUCUGGUUAUCGGCGUCGACCUCGAUCCUAUUCGCCCUAUCCGCGGCGCCGUCGCUAUCCAGGCCGACAUCACUACCCCCAAAUGUAAAGCCACUAUUAAGAAUUUAAUGGCUGAGAAUGGAUGUAAGGCUUUCGAUUUGGUCCUCCACGAUGGUUCUCCCAACGUUGGUGGUGCUUGGGCGAAGGAAGCCACUGGUCAGAAUGCUUUGGUCAUUGAUUCUGUUAAGCUAGCCGCCGACCUUUUGGCUCCUAAAGGAACUUUUGUCACGAAGGUCUUUAGGUCUCAAGAUUACACUGCUGUGGUUUAUUGUCUCAAACAGCUUUUCGAGAAGGUUGAGGUGGAUAAGCCUCAAGCUAGUCGUUCGGCAUCUGCUGAAAUUUAUGUUAUAGGAUUCAAGUAUAAAGCUCCUGCUAAGAUUGAUCCUCGACUUCUUGAUGUAAAGCACCUGUUUGAGAGAGGCAAUGAGCCACCUAAGGUGAUUGAUGUGCUCCGUGGAACAAAACAGAAGAGACAUCGUGAUGGGUAUGAAGAUGGCGAGACACUCUUGAGGAAAGUUUCCUCAGCUGCUGACUUUAUUUGGUCUGAAACUCCACUUGAUAUCCUUGGUUCUGUCACAACCAUAACUUUUGAGGAUUCUGCAUCGUUGUCCAUUAAGGAUCACAGUUUGACUACCGAGGAGGUCAAAGCUUUAUGUGACGACUUGCGUGUCCUGGGGAAGCAAGACUUCAAGCAUUUGUUGAAGUGGCGUAUGCAUAUCAGAAAGGCAUUGGCUCCUUCUGUAAAGGACACUUCUGCAUCCAAAGAAAGUGAAUCUCAGGUGGAGGAGGAUGAAGAGGAGAAAGUUUUGAAUGAGAUGGAGGAGUUGGCAAAUGCCAUGGAGCGAAAGAAGAAAAGAGCAAAAAAACUUAUUGCAAAACGACGAGCCAAGGAUAAAGCACGAAAGGCUUUGGGUGUGCAUUCAGAUUCAGCAAUGGAUAAUUACAACGAUCUGGAGUUGUUUUCUUUAUCCUCUAUUAAGGGCAAGAAAGAUCUGGUGGCUGUUGAUAACAAUGAGAAUGAAGAUGAAGCUGGUGAGUCAGGUUCUAGUGACAAUGAAGAAAGCCAGGAAGAAUCCCAAAAUGAUACAUCUAGUGAUGUCGAUACUGAUGAGGAACGGAGGAGAUACGACGACUACAUGGAACAAUUGCUUGAUGAAGCUUAUGAACAAUAUGUUGUCAAGAAGGAAGGAAAAUCAAAGCAAAGAAAGCGAGCUAAGAAAAAUGCAGAGUCUCAACAUCUUGACGGUGAUGAUGAUAAUGAAAUGAUUCAUUCCGAUCAAGACUCGGACAAUGAUGUGGGGGAUCAUGAAGUAAAUCCUCUAGUAGUCCCUCUUGUGGAAGACAUGCCAACUCAGCAAGAGAUUGCAGCCAAGUGGUUUAGUCAAGAUGUUUUCGAAGAACCUGACGAAGAUGAUGCCUUGCAGAAAUUUGAUAGUGAUGAUGAAAUGAUGGUGGAUGGUCCGGACCUUGGAGAACAUCCAAAGAAGAAACAAAAUCAACCGUCUAAAAAGCCUCUUGGGGAUCAACAAUCCAACGUGCAGAACUCUUCACAGCAUAUUGAUGAUUUAGAAGUAGUUCCGGCUCCAGCUACAGAUUCCAGCGAUGACUCAUCAUCAGAUGACUCGGAUGAAGAUGAUGUUGAAACAAAAGCAGAGAUAUUGGCAUAUGCUAAAAAGAUGCUUAGUAAAAAGCAGAGGGAAGAAAUAUUCGACGAUGCAUACAACAAGUAUAUGAAUUAUGAUAUUGGCUUGCCAAAGUGGUUUGCAGAUGACGAAAAGAAGCAUAAUCAGCCAGUUAAACCCAUCACUAAAGAAGAGAUUGCUGCCAUGAGAGCUCAAUUCAAGGAGAUUAAUACUCGGCCUGCAAAGAAAGUAGCAGAGGCUAAAGCCCGAAAGAAACGUGCUUUUUUAAGGAAACAAGAAAAGAUUCGAAAGAAGGCAAACUCCAUUUCUGACCAGGCCGACAUCAAUGAUCGCUCUAAGAGGAGGAUGAUUGAGCAACUUUACAGCAAGGCUGCACCGAAAAAACCCAAAAAGGAAUAUGUGGUUGCAAAGAAGGGGGUUCAAGUGAGGGCUGGCAAGGGAAAGACACUUGUGGAUCCUCGAAUGAAGAAGGAUAAACGGUCACAUGGAAUGACCAAGAAGGGGAAAGGAAAGGGAAAGCAGAAAGGUAAGGGGUCUGUAAAUUCUCGAGGAAAGGUUAGCGGGAAGGGGAAGAAAAGUAAAGCGGGCAUCAGUGCAAAAUAG